AUGGGUGCCAGCUUGAUGAAUAGACGUACCGCGCCGAAGGCUGAAGAAGGGCCACUUGUCAGCAUCCGUUGCACUCCAUUGCACUGCAAGUUGACUUGUGUUAAGCCGACUUGUCAGAGAAACCUGAUCGAAUGCAGACUACAGAGAGUUCCCAGCUCACAGCGGAGAACGGUGGACGGCCCGUUGCUCUCGCAGGAGCUCAACCUCACCCUGUACGCGGAGAACGAGCGGCUGGUCGCGGGGAGCAGCUGCUUCAGCCACGGGCGCGUGGCCGUGACCUACGGCGGCGUCGCGGUGGGGGAAGGGCGCGUGCCGGGCUGGUGCGCCGGGCCGAGGAGCACGGCGGAGGCCAGCGCGGCGGCGCGCGGCGCGGGCGUGCGGCUACCCGAGGGCCAGAGGCGGCGCCUCGAGGCCGAGCUGCGCUGGGGGGCGCGGACUUCGACGUGGAGGCUAAGCUGUUCCGUGACCGUGACGAGGAGACGCGGAGCCCCGUCCUGCUGCGGUGCAAAGCUGCCGGGCCUCAACUGCCGCCACAACCGCUGCGAGCAGCAGCAACAAGUGGCGGGGGUGUGGAGUUGCGCGCGGCGGCCGUGUCGGCGGCGGAUGCGGCGUCUUGACGGUGCACUGUGGCGAUGGGCGCGCUGCGUGUAGAGACUGUGGGUGACAACGGCGGCAAUGUGGACCGUCAGUUCAGGGAGCCGAGGCUGCGCGCCCCUGCGGCACGGUCGUGCGAGGAGUCUACGUGGUUGGAGAUGGCGAGAUGCUUCACAGCAUCAGCUCCUUGCCGGCGAGUUUGCCGUGGUCAAGGAAGACGUCCAGAUGAUGUGCCUGCGGCCGCUUAUUUGUGGCUCCUUCAUGCUUGGAUUUUGGAUGGUAUUGGAUGGAUUUGGAUUAAAUGGAAUAGGAUUGGACUAGAUUGGAUUUCAGAGACUAAUUGCUAGGAUUGGACUGGAUGGAUGCUGAUUUUAGAUGGAUUUCAAUUGGAUUCACACGAUUGGACUUUGGAUGUCAAUCCAAUUCCAGGUAUGUGUGUUUGGUUGAGCUGUGUCUUUUAAAAAAGCUGUUGUGGGCUAUGGGAUGUAGAAAAACUGCUGUGAACUGUGGGCUACAAGAAAGUCAAAAGCUGUUUGGUUGGGUAGCUGUGGUUUUUUGAGCCGUUAAGAGGCAAGUCAUUCGCAUC